AUGGCGCCACAGUCGAUUUCCGAGUACACGCUGCUUGAAUUUUUAGGUGAAGGUGCCACUGCUCAAGUUUAUUUAGCAAAACACGAGGUUUCCGAGGCUCAUGUAGCCAUUAAAGUGAUUGACAAGUUGUUAAUUCAACGCUCACAGUUAGAGAGCAAAAUUCAACAAGAAAUGGUGCUUCAUGCUGAAUUAAAUCAUCCCAAUGUUCUCCACGUUGAGAAUGUUUUCGAAGAUGCUCGAAAUUAUUAUAUGAUUUUGGAAUAUUGUGCUCGUCGGUCGCUUUCGGCCAUUGUCAAGACAUUUCCAGCACGUCAAAUGGAAGAAAAAAUGGCGAAAAAAAUAUUUCGUCAAGUGGUGACGGGUGUCGUGUAUUUACAUGCCAAUGACGUGAUCCAUCGAGAUCUAAAACUUGCCAAUUUGUUGAUAACUAAGGACGGGGAGGUCAAAAUCUCGGAUUUUGGACUUGCAGCGAGACUUGGGGAGGAUCAUGUGACAAUGUGUGGUACGCCUAAUUUCAUUGCACCAGAAGUGUUGACGGCAGAGAACGAGCCAUACAAUGAGACGGUGGAUAUUUGGUCUCUAGGGUGUAUUUUGUACUGUUUGCUGCUCGGCAAAGCGCCGUUUGAAGGCCGUAAAGUCAGUGAAACGUUGGAGAAUGUGGCGAAUGCAGGACAGACCCCGCUAAAGUUUCCUGACGGCUUCUCGUCAUCUGCCGGCGACUUGAUCAAACGGCUGCUUAGUUCAAAUCCACGUAGUCGUCCAUCGGCCAAGCAAAUCCUGCUACACCCUUGGCUCCGUGAGCUGUCUCACAAGCGUGCAACGCCACCAUCUUGCGGUACACGCAAAUCUCUAGUGCGGAUACCUCCACACCCUCGAGCUUCAUCUCGAUCUCCUAAAAGCUUGCGCGAUAAUCGCAGAGCAACGAUAUCUCGGUCGAUGAGAGAGGAGGAGCAAUUUCUAUCAUCGUCUACCUCAUCUGCUCCACUCAAAGUCGAAAGGCGGCGCACGCUCAGAGACAGUCAUGCCGGCUCGAUGCAGCGCGGCCUGCUCGACGCUCCUGCGAAUGAGAUGAGGGGGGUUUCUCAAUUUCAGCCGAUGAUGUCUGCUCUCGGGAACACUAGCAGCGACAGCAAUUGUAGCCCCGAUGAUGAUAGUAUGAACCUCGAUGAAGACUCCAUCGAUCUCUCCGAGCAAUCGUUGCCAACGCGAAAUGGCCAUGACAGGCGGAAGGAUGAACACACGUCACCUGACCGAGUUGAUCAGUCACUUCUUGCAGUAUCCAGGAUCUCUGGACCAGCCAUAUCAGUUAUCAUGCAUUUGGAAUUGCAAAACCUGACAUGGUUCGAGAUUUCUCAAGCCAGCGUUGGCAAUGUGAGCGAUGCGAAGGUGCAAUUGCAGUGGAGUUGCAAGGAACCAGCUGAAGUCGGCAGUCCACCGACAUUCGAACUAAAAGUAUCAAACGGGUGGAAAGGAAGCUACGAUUUAGCUACUGGGGUGUUUACAGCCAUGACAAACGACGGUGAUCCAUUGCGUUACGAGAUUCCUGGAGUGAGAAAAGCACGAACUGGUGUCAAUAUGACUUUGAGUUCAUCCCGGAGAUCACCUUCUCAGCGCCCGUUCUUGCCACCAUUGGUUCGGUUUUGCCAAUGUCUUGCAUUACGCAGCAUGCAGUUGCGCCAAAUUGCACUACGAGGUGAAUUCAGCAAGCUUCCAUUCGUCCAUUAUGAUACACUUCCAGAGUCAUUGUUGGCAUCCUUCCACUAUCGAACCACUUUUUUUACUCAAGGUGCUAGACGUGGGACACAAGGAGAUUCGUAUGAAGCACAGAGAGAAGUCGACAUUGCUGGAAUUGGACGUGGACAAAUUGAUGCAAGUGGAGACUUGAAAGUUGUGUAUUUGGAUGGAGCUCAGCUUAUUUUGGCAGCAAGUGGGUUGCAAUUACGUUUCCGGCCAUCUUGGACAAGUGAUAUUUAUGGCACGGACAGUGUCCAGACUGAAGAUGUCUUUGAAUUACUCACAACUGGCACAAUGUCAUCAUUUCUACCCUCAGCAGUGAAACAAAAGUUGGCGAGUAUUCCCGAGUUUAUUCGACGGCUCCAAGCAGCAACCUAG